AUGUUUCAGGCUGGUGCUGAGUUCAUUGAGAAGACCUUAAAGAACCUCACAACAAGCACAGAUGCAGUAGCAGUGGUCCACAGCACGGAUCUGGUGAUAGAAGCCAUCGUGGAGAACCAGGAAAUUAAAAAUGAACUCUUCAAGAGGCUGGAUAAGUUUGCUCCAGAGCAUACGAUAUUUGCAAGCAACACUUCAUCCUUGCAAAUCACGCAGUUGGCUAACUCAACGACCAGGCAGGACCGAUUUGGUGGUCUCCAUUUCUUCAAUCCUGUGCCUAUGAUGAAGCUUGUGGAGGUCAUCAAGACUCCAAUGACCAGCCAAAAGACUUUUGAAUCACUUGUGGAUUUCAGCAAAGCAGUAGGAAAGAGUCCUGUCAGUUGUAAGGAUACUCCAGGGUUUAUUGUAAACCGUCUGUUGGUGCCAUAUAUGAUGGAAGCUGUUCGACUCUUUGAGAGAGGAGAUGCAUCAAAGGAAGAUAUUGAUGUUGCUAUGAAGAUUGGGGCUGGUUAUCCCAUGGGUCCAUUUGAACUGCUGGACUAUGUUGGGCUGGAUACCAGUAAAUACAUUAUAGAUGGAUGGCAUGCACUAGAGCCCAACAAUCCUCUUUUUGCACCCAGCCCACUCCUGAAUAAACUGGUAGAAGAAAAGAAGCUGGGUAAGAAGACUGGAGAAGGAUUUUACAAAUACAAAUGACCUCCAAACCUCGAGAGGUGUUAAACUAUCUUUGUAUGCUAUUCAUCAUUGCCAUAUUACAGGUGAAUUCUAUUUAAACCCUCCCAAGGAUGGCACAAGCUGCAUUUAGAACAUAACGCACCUCUGAACUGAGUCAUUGCACUAGUUAACUAUUUCUCUGGUGAAAGCUUGAUUUUUGGUAGAUUAUUUUUUUCUUGUAAUUCUGAAAAGCUUUAUAUGUACAGUGCCUUCAUGCAAAUGUUGAUUUUUCAGGUUCAGGACAGAAUGACAAAUGAAUUUAUGUAUUUGAAACAUUAUUAUAUUAACGUGAAAAAUACUAAAAAUAACCACACUUUCUUAAAAAUAAAAUUUUCAAUAAUUCUGUA